CAGGGGCUCGUCAAGAAACAAAUGAAAAAGCGGAUGCCCAUUCCUUGGGUGCACGAUGUCGUUUAGCUUAAACCCUAAACCCCUCUCAUCAUUUUACAGAAAAAUUUCCCAAAUUUCCAAACCAUUAAUCUAAAAUAAAAAUAAAUAAAAUUAUUCAGAGGAAGAGAAAUUAGCAGGAGCAAUGGACGGAAGAAAGCCCGCUUCUCGCGGUGAAGUAACUACGAAGAAGAGUAAGGAAGACGACGACAACAAGAACAGCAAAAGCUUUUCUACAGAAGUGUUCGCUUCCUGCUCUUUCUCUAGCCUUGGCCUUGAUCCCAAAUUAUGUGACCAGCUUAAAGAAAGGCUGGGUUUUGAAGUUCCGACGAAGAUACAAGCUCAGGCAAUCCCUGUAAUUAUUUCCGGGAAACACGUGUAAUUCUCUUUUCUGAAUGGCAAUUCAUUGCCAGCCAUUUUAUUCUUUUUAAGUAGGACUUUUAGAAUUAUUAGUUAUAAGGGAAUAAGAUUUUUAUUUUUCAAAUUUGGAAUUUUAUUAUGUUAGGCUGGUAAAUGCUGCUACCGGGACUGGGAAAACCUUGGCUUACUUGGCUCCAAUUAUUCAUCACUUGAAUAAUUACGAGCCCAAGGUUCAGAGGACUGAUGGCACUUUCGGUAGGUUGGUUUAUUUUGAUUCUUGCUAUUAAUCGUUUCUGAGUGAGAGAGAUAAAGCAGGACUCUUUGAAGGUCAUUUCCAUGUAGAAUGUUGGUGGUUUUCUUUUCGGUUGAUGUUUGCAAUAUGGUUUCUUGGUGGGUGUGGCGAGGGUUAGGGCAGAGUGGGGUGAUGUUUUGUAGUCAUAUGUGAAAAAUACAUGCAAAUACAAAUAUGUAUAUUCUUGAUGGAGGCAUGGAGCUGUUGGUUUAUGCUAAUAUGCUGCAAAAGCUCCUACUCUGGUUACUGCAGUGGAGUCUCUGUGUCAUUAUCUCAGGACGUUGUUAGAUUACAAAAGAGUAACACUUGACUGAUAACUCCUGCCACUCUCACUGUUGUGCAAUAGUCUCUUUUUCUUUUCUAUCCCUCCUCCUUUUAGAGUUUACCAUGUUAAUUGAUUUCUUCCUUGUAGCGUUGGUUCUUCUUCCAACGCGUGAAUUGUGCAUGCAGGUGUAUGAAAUCUUGCAAAAGAUGCUGCACCGAUUUCAUUGGAUUGUUCCUGGAUGCAUAAUGGGCGGAGAGAACAGGGCAAAAGAGAAAGCCAGGUUGCGGAAAGGUCUAUCAAUCCUUGUUGCGACUCCUGGACGGCUCUUAGAUCACUUAAGAAAUACUUCAUCUUUCAAUUACUCUAAUUUGCGGUGGAUAAUCUUUGAUGAAGCUGAUAGAAUCCUGGAAUUAGGGUUUGGCAAGGAUGUUGAAGAGAUACUUGAACUUUUGGGUACCAGACAAAAAGGAACUGCAACUGAUGAUACUUCAACUUCUAGAUUUUCUCAUUUCCCAAGGCAGAAUCUGCUUUUGUCAGCCACUUUAAAUGAAAGGGUCAAUCAUCUUGCCAAAAUGAGUUUAGAAGAUCCUGUUUUGAUUGGCCUUGCUGACAAACAGAUGCAAGCAAAUCCUCAUGAGCCUAUCAGCAACACUGACUCUGACGUGGAUAACGAAGAAGGAAACACUGUUAAAUCACUUUGUUCUUCAAACGAGGAGUAUAAAAUUCCUUCUCAAUUAUGCCAGAGUUAUAUACAAGUUCACUGUGGUUCGCGACUAGUUGUGUUACUUUCCAUUCUAAAAGAUCUCUUUGAGAGAGAAGCUUCACAAAAGAUUGUAGUGUUCUUUUCAACAUGUGAUGCUGUGGAUUUUCAUUAUUCACUCAUGACUGACUUUAAAUGGUCUCUAACUUCACAAUCAGAAGAAGAAUCCAAACAGAAGUUUUUGAGAUGCAAAGUUUACCGGUCGCAUGGGAAAAUGGAAAAUGAGGACCGGAGGGCAACGUUUGAGGCUUUUAAGGCUGAAAAAUGUGGUCUGUUAGUCACUACCGACGUUACUGCAAGAGGCCUUGAUCUUCCCAAGGUGAGAUGCAUUAUACAGUAUGAUUCUCCUGGAGAGGCAACAGAAUAUGUUCACAGGGUUGGAAGAACUGCCCGCUUGGGUCAAAAGGGUGAAUCUCUAUUAUUCCUACAGCCAUCAGAGAUUGAAUACCUGCGCCAUCUGGAGAAACAUGGGGUUGUGCUGAAAGAAUAUCCCAUUGUCAAGUUGUUGAAUGGCUUCCCUGCAAAUGGUCUUAAGAGCUACGGGAAGAAGUUCGAUUCAAUUGAGAGGCACCCCUGGUUUCUUUCACUGUAUAAAGCUCUAGAAACCUUUAUUUCAACCACGCCAAAGAUGAAGAAACUGGCUAAGAAUGCAUUUUGGUCAUGGGUUAAGGCAUACGCAGCCCAUCGCGGUGAGCUGAAAGGAAUAUUUGUGGUGAAGAAACUUCAUUUAGGACACGUGACAAAAAGUUUUGCAUUGAAGGAGCAACCCUCCUUGGUUAAUAGUAAAUCAAGUCAAAAGACACUGAAGAAGAGGAAGAGGGAUCAGAAACAGCAAGGAUUCUCAAAGAAGUUGCGGUUUGCUCAUAAAUCAUGAAGAAGCUAACUAACUAAGGCCAUGCGCUCUUCAUUUGAUUAUGCGGACGAUAUGAUUAGUCCCUCAACGGCAAAGUGAUCAUCUCGUGCAAUGUGAGAAACUGUAGGCUCUUUCCUCCUCGGAUUCCGCCUUGUGCUACGUUAAAGUAUGAAGUGUGAUCCAAAUGAAGGUUGGAAGCCCUCUUUUGGAUGGGGAGGAAUGUUGGUGACUGUAGUCAUCUUAUGAUGGCCAAUUUUUGAAAUAUUAGGAUUUUGUUAAAUUUUUCUUCUCUCAAUUCACAGAUAGGAAUGGAAAUAGAAGUAGAUGUGACAGUGCAGUAGGUUAGAUCGAUCUAUGUUAUGUAAACUCAGACGAAAAGUUAGACAGUCUCAAUCAUCGCCAAGGAAUACAGAACUGCAUUACUUUUUGUUUCCAAGA